CACAAGGCUAAGCCUCCUUUAUCUUUUUCUUUUUUUUUUUUUCCUCUCCUACUUGUUUGUGAUCUCUUUCUUUCUUUCUGCAACUCUCUCAUGUAUGUUUGUUGAUGUGAUUCUCCACCCAAAUACACACUCACCACUCCAAAGAACCCAUCAAACUUUUACAAAAGAGAAAGCUCUCUCUCUCUUUUUCUUUCUCUCUCUCUAAUUAAGAGUAGUAGGAGCCAUGGUCUUCCCUUCUCUUCCAAUCUAUCUUGAUCCACCCAACUGGUCACAACAGCAGGGUAAUCAGCAAUUAGGAAUUGGCUCUCAAAAUCUUCCAGUUCCGCCAAUUUUACAGCCACCACCUCCAACGACUGCAGUAGUCGUUGGAGGUGGUGGCUACCAGGGCUCUAUUCGUCCAGGAUCAAUGGCGGAUAGAGCCAGGCUGGCAAAGAUACAUCAACCAGAUGUAUCACUCAAGUGUCCGAGGUGCGAAUCCACGAACACCAAGUUCUGUUACUACAACAACUACAGCCUCUCGCAGCCUCGCCACUUCUGCAAGACUUGCCGCCGGUACUGGACGAGAGGCGGCGCACUGAGGAAUGUUCCGGUUGGCGGCGGAUGCAGAAGGAACAAGAGAAGCAAAGGAACAACAAACUCCAACACCAACAGAUCUAGGUCUCCUUUGAAACCUGAUCAUCAUCAUCAUCAUCUUAAUCUGCAUGGUGGUGCAGUUGGAGGUUCUAGCUCCGCAAGUGGCAACUCUUCUUCCAGUGGCCGCAAUAAUAGUAACAGCAACAACAACAACAAUGAUCUGAAUGUGAUGAAUCAUAUGCAAACUCCACCACCAACCCAUCAUCAUCAUCAUCAAUUUCCGUUCUUGCCAACAACAACUUUGCAUCACUAUAGUAGUGAUCAUGCAUCAUCACUUCUUUUUGGCCCAAACCCUCCUCCAUCUUCUUUGUUGGUUAGAAAUGGUGGCAACACAGGUAGUGAUGGCGAGUUUCAAAUUGGAGCUAAUAACAAUAACAAUGGUGGUUCUGUGUUACAGCAAUGGAGGCUACCAAGUUUGCAACAGUUUCCUAAUUUCUUGAGUAAUUUGGAACCGCCACAACCACAACCGCAACCGCCACAAAUCGGUUUGUUUCAUCAAUUUGAUCAAGAAAAUGGUGAAUAUGUGAGGGACCAUCAUGGAGGUAGGUUUCGUUGUUCUAGUAAUAGUAACAUUAAUAAGACAAUGGCUGAUGAUUCUGGUGUUGUCGUUGUUGGUGGAAUGAUACCUCAUCAUCAGGUUAACAAUAAUUCGGUGAAAAUGGAAGAGAAUAAUAAUAGUAAAAAUAAUAAUCAAGGAGGGUUGAGUUUAUUUUCUAAGAAUAAUGUUUUGGGUAGCAAUGAUCUAUUUUGGAGUAGUAGUAAUGGUGGAAGUGGCAAUGUUAAUGCAUGGAAUGAAGCUCCUAGUUUCGCUUCCCCGACAAAUCAGUUAUUGUGACAGAGAAAUACUUGCAUGUUUUUGGAGUACAUUUAAUUAUUGUGUGCUUUUAGAAUUAUUAAUUUUUUUUUUUGGUUUUGUGAUCAUCAUAGAAAUUAUUGUCCAAAAGUAUAAAAUAUAAGAGCUAGAAAUCAAUAUCAUCAAUCACCAGCCACUUUGCUAACUGAGGAAUGGGAAUUCUACAUAUAUACCCUCUUUGAGUCUUACAUGGAUAGGGAUGGAAAGGAACGAAGAAGGAUCAUCAGAAACACAGUUUUUAGCAUUGGUACUCCCCAAGAUGCAUGAAAAAAUGGUAAGCAAGUCUUGGAGUUAUUUUUCUUUAAUUUCCCAUCAUCAAAGUAUGGGUGUCAUUAUUAUUAAUAUUUUGUUGUUGUUGUUAGUUGUUGUUGUUGUAGAGCAAUAUUAUGAACAUGUUAUGAGAUUA